UGUUCGCAGAGAAUAUAUUCAGACAGUCAAAGUUUUCUCUUCAACGCAUAUAAACAACAAUUCGGGAGUGUAGAAAAGCCGGAAAAUGCUUGCAUAGCACGGACAAACCAAUCAACCUAAAAUACAAACAAACCGUUCAAGCAGCUAGCCAGGGAAACAAAAAUGCCAACAAUUAGAGGAAACUCAUCUAAAAUUAACAUGAUACAUAAUUAAAAAAACAACAACAAUAAAUAAAUAUCUAUUGCAUACAUGUUUGUUGCACACAUUCCUCGCCAAGUGUAAUCAUAUGCACAUAUACAUAUAUGUAUGUACUUAUGUAUUUAUAAUCGCAAAAAUCUAAACGAUAAACUCAGGUUCAAGCGGGCAUAUCAACCGACAUACAUACAUACUACUUUCGCUAAUUUUGAUUGAAAAAUUAUUUCGUUGUGAGGUAAAGAAAAAGCCGACAAAAUGCCGUACCAAACGAAAAUGGAGCGCAAAUUGCUAUACGCCUUUCGGGGUUGGAUAGCAUUUGUUGCUUUUAUGGAUUUAGGAACAGCUUUUCGUAGUUAUAUAGAGCGAAGGAGUUUUCUCGGAGACCACACAGACACUCAGUUUAUUGAAGGCGACUAUACCAUUUCUCGUAUAAUUGGCAUGUAUUGCUUACUUAAGGCGAUUGCAUUAGUUCACUGCACGCUCUAUAUUCACUACAGACCAGUUGUUAGCAUGGGCGGCUGUUCGUUGGCUUUAACUAUGGUUCUCUAUGCUUCCGAAGCUUUAUAUUUUCGUUCGAGUACACUGAACUUUUACGUGAUCUUUCCGUGCGUUCUCAAUUCAAUCACUUUAAUUGGUCUAAUUUAUAUUCCGAGACGUUUGCGUUUGUGGGAACCCAGCAUGGACAUGGACGAUGAAAACUCGCAAUUACUUAAGCAAAUGACUGGUUUCAAGCGUCGACGCACGAAAAAGCAAAUUUAAAAUUACGACAAAAUUUAAAAUUUCAGUGAUAUUUUAUACACGCAUACAUGCACUGAUAAUAGAGGCACUCUUAAAGAAAUGUUUUAAAAAUGAAAAACUAAAUAUGAAAACUAGUAUUUCCAGUAUUAGUAUGUAUGUAUGUAAAGUUCAUUCUAUCUAUACUUAUGUAAUCGUUUGUAUUCACACAAAUCUUCAAAAAAUUAUAAAUCAGCACCAUAAUAUUUAAUGUUCUGAGGAGAGUUAAUAUGUACGUACAAACAUAUGUAUGUAUAAAAACGUGCACAUGAUAGGAGAAUUGAGGCCAUGAGCUGAAGUGGCCUAACAAACAAUUUUUUUUUGUACUUAACUUCUUAAAAUAGUUUCAAAUAUGAAAAAUUUUAAAUAAAGGUCGCGUAUUGCUUAAUUUAAUGGUACGUUAUUUUGCUAUGUAGCUUAAAAUUAAGGAUUAAGCAACUUUUUUUUAAGGUGUAUCACACUUGCGAUUAUUUUAGGUAGAGAAUUACGGAUUUUUUUUUUUUUGGUUAGACUACUUCUGCUCGCAUGGCCUCAAUUGGAAAAUAAAUAUUAUAAUAGACCUCGUUUAAAUUUGUAAUGGGCACAUCGUCAAUUUACUCACCUAUGUAUAAGCACAUUUUUAUAUCGCUUAAAUAUUAAAAUGACAGAAUGUAAAUAUUUACAUAUAACUGCGUACAUAUAGUACAUACGUACAUACAUACAUUGAUACUAACAUGCAUAUAGAGGAAAGUUAAUCUAUGAAAUAUCAUAAUUAACGUUCAAUUCAAGUUGUUUUCCAAAAUGAUUUGCGGUAAUGUUUUUUUAAUUUUUUGCUCCAGAUUUUAAUAUUGGGCAAGUUGCGCGGUAAAUUAAAACAUCUUUAAGAUGUUUAAGCAAUAAUAGCUUAAGUUUGUAGUU